GCCAGGAGCCCCUAAUAGCGUCCUUGCUCCUAGUAGCGAUGCCAGGAGCCCCCAGUAGCUUCUUGUUCCUAGUAGUCAGCCAUGUCAAUGUGUUGUGCCGUCGCGAUUCUGCUUCAAUCAUUUCUCUUGACUCUGGACCCUGGACCAUUCUUUUUUCUGCUGCGAAGUCCUAGACUUGACUGGAUCAGGAGACCCAUUGCUUUUUGGAGUUCUAUGGAUGGUUUUUGUUCAUUUAUGCAAUUCUUAAUUAUAUAAUGUCUUUGAUCCUUUGCAGCCAAUUGACAUGUCCUGGAGAGCAUGCCGUCCUUUUCCUUUUUGGCUCUUUUGGACUCGGGGGCCCCGGGGGGCUCUUCAAAACCGGUCGGGCUUUGAGGACAAGGAGGGGGACGAGCUCCCCCAACAGAGCAGUGUCAUGGAGAUCGUGCGCCAAAGGCUGCGCACGAUCCACGGCACCUUGGAUCGCUCCGAGUCGGACGGCCUGUGCUCGGCGCACUCCUACGAGUCACCGGCAGUGAGGAGAUGCAAGCUGCCGCUAAGAUGCGCGGUAUCUUGCUUGAUCAUCGUUGCAAUUCUCCUUUCAUCCGUAUCGAUGUAUAUCUAUCUGAUGGUCGAGUGGACCGCGGCACAUGACGACACUCUAGAGCUUUUCAAUGAAUCUUUGAAUUCUCAAAGCAGUCGAUUGAACCAGCAGAUUCUGGAGGCCUCCAACACCUCCUAUCGCCAAUUGCUUCUGAAAAUCGAGUGGACAGUGAUCCGCGGGCCCUUGAGAGGCUUUGCUUACAGCUUGGUAGUGGCGUACUGCAACGGGCUGGAUGUCUUUACAAAAGACAAAGCUGGAAGCCAACCACACUUGGUUGAGACUUUGAAUUUUGACUCUGAGACGCGGCCCUUUUAUCUGAUACAGAAGAAUCUUUCGGACCACGGGGCCAAUCAGCAACAUUCGUCCUCUGACGCAUGGACUGGAGUCUUCAAUUAUACCAUCUGGAAUCCUUUGCACGGGAGCUGCGGUUUUGCGAAGACCCUGCCCAUUCCAACAUGCCAGGGAGCUUGCAAUGGUGGCUUUUGUGGAGCGAUUGCAUCUCAUGUGAGUUUGGUGUCCAUCAGGCGUGCGCUUGAGGAGCGCGUGGGCAUUGGUGUCCAUAGGUUGCGGCAAUGUGGCGAUGCCACCAGUGGGUGCUUUACUGUCGGCUCGCACCGGAUCCGACUAGAUGAUGAUUUUCACUGGUUGGUGGUCGUCGUUUUGCCUGCGGAAGCCUUCACUGUAGCAGCUGCGACGAAUCAAAGGACAUGGGAAGAUCAAAUUCGAGCCAGAGAAGAUGACGUGGCGAACCGUGUGACGACCAUCAAUCGAAUCUCAGCAGUGUUGCUCACGAUCUCGGCGAUCUUUGGCUUCUUAGCGGGUUGGUGCAUCAGCGCCUUUGCGGGUUACCCCCUGCGGAAACUGCAGACUUACAUGAAGAAGUUGGCGCGCCUGGAUUUGGAGGGCCUGCCAGGUCUAAACCCAGGCUCAGUCACCCAACUGUCGUCGCUGAGGGAAGUCUUUGAGCUUCAAAUGGGUUUCGUGAACCUUGCUCGGAGUGUCGAGACCUUCUCUCGUUUCUUACCGGAGACCGUGGUGCGGCAGAUCCUCUACGGAGAUAAGAGGGCGGCGCGGAUCCAUGUGCGGCGGAAGAACGUGACCAUCAUGUUUUCAGACAUCCGGGGCUUCACCACGAUCUCCGAGAUGUUGUCACAGACGGACCUGCUCACCCUGCUUUACAUGUACUUGAGUGAAAUGACACAGAUCGUGGAGACACACGGAGGGGUGGUGAGCGAGAUUCUCGGAGAUGGCUUGCUGGUUCUUUGGAACACGCCAGAUGACCUGCCGGAUCACCCUCGGGCAGCUUGCGCUGCUGCACUCGCACAACAGCAGGCUUUGGUGAAGUUGAAUGAUGCCUACGCCAGCCUUGGCUUGCCAAGCAUUGCAAUCCGAAUCGGUUUGCACACCGGAGAUGUCCUCGCCGGUAACAUUGGCAGUUGCCAAAAAAUGAAGUAUGGCUGCAUGGGUGAUCCUGUGAAUCUUGCAAGUCGCCUAGAAGGCCUCGCGAAGCACUACGGUGUUAGCACGCUGUGCUCCUCUGCCACCCGUUCCAAGUUGCCAGCUGCCUUCUUUUGCCGGAAGCUGGAUUUGGUUAAAGUCAAGGGCAAAGAGGAAGCCGUGUGGAUCUAUGAGCUGAUCCAUGAGAUUCCAAGCCCAGAGAGACGAGUGAAAGUGCAGAUGUAUGAGCAGGCGCUUCACGCCUUUCACCAAAGAGAUUUUGUCACUGCCGUUCGCUUGCUGCAAGGGCUGCUGGCGCAGGAGAACCUGAUGCAGCAGCUGCACAGCUUCUGGAGCGAGCUUUGGAGGCCGAACGCCAACCCCUCUGAGAUCAAGAAGGCAUACUACAAAGAGGCAAGGCUGUGCCAUCCUGACAAAAAUCCUGGGGAUGCUGAGGCCACAGCAAAAUUCCAGAAGCUGAGUACUAUCUACCAGGUCCUUUCAGAUCCCGAACUCCGAAAGAAGUAUGACCGUGAUGGCAAAGAUGGAGUCGACAAGCAGAAGACGGUGCAGAUGGACCCCAGGGCAUUCUUCGGACUGCUUUUUGGAUCCGAGCGCUUCGAACCUUGGACGGGCGAGCUCUUGAUUGCUGCUCAAGCGGACCAUUUUACAAAAGCAAAUGAAGAUGAUGAGAUGUCGGAGCUGGAGAAAAGCCUCAAGAAGCGCCAGCUUCGUCGCGAGGUUGCUUGUGCUGUGAAUCUCCGUGAGCGGUGUGCGAGAUAUGUGUAUGGCCGGGAUACCGAGGGCUUUAAGGCUCAGAUGCGGAAGGAAGCUUCAGAACUUGCUUCCUCACAGUUUGGACCCGAGCUCUUGCAGGCUCUGGGUGAGAUGUACUUGGUACGUUCUGAGAUCUACCUGGCCAAUGAGCUCCAUGGCCGUAUCUCUCUCACCAAGUCGCGCGCAUCAAUGAAGCACAAUGGCCUAGUCCUGAAGCACCGCUUGCGCUUCUACAAGAAUGCCGCUGGAAGCCUGAUCAAAGCUGGUAAGGUGUACAGUGCGGCGAGCAAAUUCUCAAAGGAGGAGCCUACACAGACAGAAGGUGAGGGCCCCCCCCUUUGA